GCGGCGGCUCCGCGGCGGAGCAGGUGCGGCCGGAGCCGCGGCCGGUGGCGGAGCCGGGGCCGGGGCCGGGCGCCCCUCGCCGCGCCCCCGCGGAGCGGCCGUGACGCAGGGCCGGCGGCACCGCCCGCCUCGGCGCCGCUCCAGCGCAGGUCUCUGAGCAGGGAUAUCUUGAGGACCUUGCUGCUCUGUUCCCCCUUGCAUUGCCGGAGGGCAGGGCCCUGUGUGUCCAAGAUGGCGAGAUGGCUGCCUCGCUCUACAGACCUGACCCGCUUCUGCCAGAAACUCAACCGAGUGAAGACCUUGGAGGACGACAUGAUGGAGACAUCCUUGAACAGAUGCCUCUCCACCGUCGACUUGACGCUGCUGGGCAUCGGGGGCAUGGUGGGCUCUGGGCUAUAUGUCCUCACUGGCACCGUAGCCAAGGAGAUUGCUGGCCCUGCUGUCAUUGUCUCCUUCAUCAUUGCUGGCUUUGCCUCGCUCCUGGCUGCUCUCUGCUAUGCUGAGUUUGGGGCCCGGGUACCCAAGACAGGCUCUGCCUACAUGUUCACCUAUGUGUCUGUAGGUGAGAUCUGGGCCUUCCUCAUCGGCUGGAAUGUGCUGCUGGAGUACAUGAUCGGAGGAGCUGCGGUGGCCAGGGCGUGGAGUGGCUACCUGGACUCCAUCUUCAACCACAAAAUAAAGAACUUCACCGAGACCCACGUUGGCACGUGGCAGGUGCCAUUCCUGGCGCACUACCCAGACUUCCUGGCGGCUGGCAUCUUACUAGUAGCCACUGCAUUCAUCUCCUUUGGGGCCAAAGUUUCCUCCUGGCUCAACCACAUCUUUUCGGCCAUCAGCAUGGGUGUCAUCCUCUUCAUUCUCAUCAUGGGCUUCAUCCUUGCACAGCCCAAGAACUGGAGUGCUCAGGAAGGAGGUUUUGCCCCACGCGGGCUGUCAGGCAUCAUGGCUGGAACAGCCACCUGCUUCUACGCCUUUGUGGGCUUUGAUGUCAUAGCAGCCUCGAGUGAAGAAGCCAGGAACCCGCAGAGGGCAGUUCCUAGGGCGAUAGCUUUCUCCUUGGGGCUGGCCACUGGGGCCUACAUCCUAGUGUCCAUGGUGUUGACGCUGAUGGUGCCCUGGUAUACACUGGACCCCGACUCUGCCCUGGCGGAUGCAUUUUACAGGAGGGGUUACUCCUGGGCAGGAUUUCUGGUAGCUGCUGGCUCCAUCUGCGCGAUGAACACGGUCCUGCUGAGCAACCUCUUCUCCCUGCCGCGCAUUGUCUACGCCAUGGCGGAGGAUGGACUCUUCUUCCAGGUGUUCUCCCGGGUCCACCCGCGCACGCAGGUGCCCGUCAUUGGCAUCGUGGUGUUCGGGGUGCUCAUGGCCCUGCUGGCCCUCAUCUUCGACCUGGAGGCCCUGGUGCAGUUCCUGUCCAUUGGCACGCUGCUGGCCUACACCUUUGUGGCCGCCAGCAUCAUUGUGCUGCGCUUCCAGCAGCAGAAGGUGGAUGCUCCUGCCCAGCCGGCUGGCAGACGGCCCAGUCCUGAGGCCAGCGAGGGCCCUGCCACCGGCGAGCUGAAGGAGUACGAGUCCUUCUCUGACAAGCUCCAGCUGGUGGAUGGAGACAAGAGCAAAGAGCAGCGGGAGCCGGGGCAGCUGAAGGCAGCUUUUGAGCCUUACCUGGAGUUCCUCAGUGACUUCUACCCAGGAGAGGUGGUCACCAUUGCUGUGGUUACCCUGAUGGUGUCUGCCGUCUGCCUGUGCUCCAUCUUGGUGUUUGGCAACACCCACCUCCACCUGCCAACCUGGAGCUAUUCCCUGCUGCUGGUCCUCUUCAGCCUGGGGUUCCUGCUCAGCCUGCUCCUCAUCUGGGCCCAUGAGCAGCAGCGCAGCACGCAGACCUUCCAGAUACCCCUGGUGCCCCUGUCCCCAGCACUGAGCAUUGUCCUGAAUAUCUAUCUCAUGCUGAAGCUCAACUACAUGACAUGGCUCCGGUUCGCUAUCUGGCUGAUCAUAGGCCUGCUCGUGUACUUCGGUUACGGCAUCUGGCACAGCAAAGAGAACCUGCGGGAGCCCAAGCCGCAGCGCGUGAGUGCCCGGUACGUGGUGUUUCCCAGCAGCAGCCUGGAAGAGACGGUACAAGCCGUCCAGCCGAGCCCCCAGCCUGCCGCGGGGCUGCCGGAUGCAGACACUGAGGAGUCUAAGAGAUGAUGUUGUAGGGGACGGGGCAUCUGGGUCACCAAGGCUCUGGGAGCAUUUGCCCCCCACCCCAGACAAGGCCUAAACCCCCCACUCUCCCCAGUCUCUUCUGCAGCGAGAGCCACCAGGGCCAGGUCUGCCCUCGGCGUGUGGCUCUAUCUGAAGAGGGGGACCGUGACACUCGUGCAUCCCCACCCGCUCCCAGCAGAGCAUGGUGGGGGGGAGCUGGCUCCCUCCCUUCCUAUCCCCAGCACUUGGGAACGAGCUUUCAUCCUCCGAAACCCAGUGCCUGGCUUGGUGACAAGGAUCCUCGUCCUCACCAGAUUCCCCAGAGCCCCAGGCCGAGCCUGCCCAGACCCCCCAGCAGCACAUCUGGUUUCCGCUGACCCAGCAGUGUGGGUCCUGAGUUGCCGGGGAUGUGGGGGGGGCUGGGGCAGACGGCCUGGGGGGCUGUCUGUCCUGGCCGCAGCACAGGCUUUUUCUGCAGCCCUGGUGCCUCCUGUACUUCUGAGCCCGCUAGCGGAAAGAGGCAGGGGCCAGCAGAGCCUUUGGCUUGAGAAGGAGCCAAGUGCAGUUCCCUGCCUGCAUCCCCGUGCUCUGCAAAGACAGCAGGCACCCGACCUGCUGCUGGCCGUCCCCUCAGCUGGCUGGUGUGCACUGCAUUGGUCCAAAAGGUCGGGCUGAGUGGGGCCAGGGGGCAGCUGGGGGGGUCCAGGCCUUUGGGAAGCAUGUGAGCCUGGAUGAGUGGCCGGCUGCUCACAGGAUGCAGACAGAUAGCUUGUUCUUCAGCAGGACUGCAGGAAAUUCAGUGCAGUCCUAUGCUGCAGGAACCUGCCUCCCUCUCCCAGGCUGCUGAUGUCAGGCUGGCUCACUGACAGCAGAGCAUGGCUGGUUGAGGGCCGUGCUGGAGUCUGGCACACGGCUGUACCCCUUGCCCCGCUGUGGCCAUGCCUGGCUGGUCCAUGAGGUCCUGAGGAUGGCACAGUCAUGGGGCCCAGACCUGCUCCUGUCACACGGGCUCUGGCAACCACCAGGGCCAGGCUCCUGCCUCAGCCCUGCACUAGGCGUGGGCACUCAGGACCCUGGAUUUGUUGCCUUGUCCUCUGCAGUCCCCAGUGGCCUUCCCUGGGCUGCAGUGCACUGAGCACAGCUGGCUCUCAGCCCUUCUUCUCCCUGUGCCCCAACAGCUCAGCCUGGGCCACAACCUGCACAGGCAAGGAGUGCUCAGCCCACCGUGCCUGCUUCUGCCAGGCUGUCGGUUGCCCAGCCCGUGCUCAGGACGGGGCUCCAGAGGUGCUUUUUGGUGUCUGCCCCUCUCCAGCAACGCCCCGUGCAGUCCAGGGCUCACGAUGAUGGUUGUGGGGUGAGCCCCAGGAGCCCCUGCUCAGCAGCUCUGCCGAGAUGGCCCCAGCAGGGACACUGCAAUUGGCCACUCAGGCACAUGGACAGCCCCUGCCUAAAGUGCAGGCCCACAUGCUUUUAAGCAUGUGUUGGAAGAAAUAUAUGGAGGAAACAAUCACUCAAGCACAAGGUUGCCUAACUGCUGGGCCUUGCAGCAUGGACGCCCUGGUCUCUGCAGCCAUGGUGGAUGUGCAGCAGCCACUGCAUCUUCCUGUGGGGGCUGGCUGUGCCCCACUGAGGAGCUGGGGACAGGCAGCAGGCAAGCCGGUCCUGUCCCUUCUCCUGUUUGGCCCUGGUUGCUGGCUGGUCUGAGCCUGUCUGGGGGCCUAAAGAACAGGGUGCACAUGGGGAGAGCUCUGCACCAUGCACCAGCUCUGUGGCGAACCCGCUGCGGCGCUCUGAUGGCUUGCUGUCUGCAAACGCUGCUCCUCGUCCUGCCUUGCCCUCGCGCUGUAGCUGCUGUCUGGCCCCUACCCUGGCGCUUGCACUGCUGUCGUUUGUCGAGAGACGCGGCGCAGCGGAGGCCGCUGCUGCCAGCAGAGUGGUACCUUCCUGCCAUGUCGCAGCCCUGCUUGGCACCUCUGUAUAAUGGCUUGUAAGAGGAGGGCUGACUCGGCCACCCUCAUAAACACUGGUUCUGUAAUGGC